AUGCGGGUACUUCGUAUAAAUAGCUCCUUUUUAUUCGACUGUAACAGAGCCCAAAAGUUAUCUGGUGCCGCUACACUCAGGAUACUUCUUAGCUUUGCAGUGGGUGGGCUCCUGGGUGAUGUAUUUCUUCAUCUCCUCCCUGAAGCAUGGCAGCAUGACCUCGCAAGCACUAAAGAAGGAGAACACGUGUCAAUGAAAUGCGGCCUCUGGUGUUUAUUCGGAAUGCUGAUCUUCAUAAUCGUGGAGAAACUCUUCGCAGCAGGCGACGCUGAAGAUGCGGAAGAGGACGUAAAGUCUAACGGACUCAUAAAGCAGAUUGAAAUAGAAGAGAUAGAGAAGCUCCUUAUUGCGGAGAGGAAGAGCAGAGGGAAAGUGAACGGUGAGGGGAUCUGCGCAGGGAACGGGACAGUGUCGGCGCAACAGCUGUACAGCACCUGCGUCUUUAAUAACAAUACUAAAGGUGAAGGCGUAUGCUGCAGCGCUGUAUCCAACUCCAAUGGUGUGGUCAAAUGCAAGGGCAGCAACCGCUGGAUGGGGCGCUGUCUCCUGAGGGAGGCGAGGGAGAAAGCACUCCAAGUCAGCAAGGAGAAGAGCGAGAAGAAAGAUGUGGCCGGGUACCUAAACCUGAUGGCGAACUCCAUCGACAACUUCACGCACGGGCUGGCGGUGGGCGGCUCGUUCCUGGUGGGCUUCCGCGUGGGCCUGCUCACCACCUUCGCCAUACUGGUACACGAGAUUCCCCACGAGGUGGGGGACUUCGCAAUUCUUUUAAAGAGCGGGUUCUCUCGUUGGGAAGCUGCAAAGGCGCAAUUGGCAACAGCAUCAGCUGGUCUGAUCGGUGCCAUGACCGCUGUGAUGUUCAGUGGCGCGAGGAAUGCUAUAGAGGCAAAAACAUCAUGGAUCGCGCCAUUCACCGCCGGUGGAUUUCUGCACAUCGCCCUAGUGACAGUUUUGCCGGACUUGCUGCGGGAAGAUGACAAAUGGGAGUCGGCGAAGCACUUGGCGGCAUUGUUGGCUGGCAUUUCAGUCAUGGCCUUCAUGACGGUCUACUUUGGUUAA